UUGUGAUGCUGCAGAUCUGCUUCUGAUCGUCACACGAGAGCAGACGCUGACUGACAUCUGUGAGGUCAUACAGUUAUUUGCAAACACUCUGCUCUGCCCGUGACGCGAUUUGCCACUUUGCCAUGGAAUGGAAGAGUAACCUGCGGCGCACCCAGUCACUGAAGAGCGUCGCCUCGUCAUGUGACAAGCCCACCUGGACGGAGGCAGGACUGUGGGACAAGAAAGCAUCUGUGUCCUUACUAGUCGCAAGGUAUCAAACUACAGCGGAAGUGAGCGCAUCGAUUCGAUCAACCCCGGUCAAGAAUGGUGAAGUGAUGCCAAAGCAAGUGUUGAAAGAGAUAUCACCAUCUCUUGUGGAGGUUAAAGAGACUCGUCUGGUGUCUCUGAUGAGGAGAAAUGACGAGAGGGAAGGGUCUCGAGCCGAAACCGGCUUAAAGCGCAGUAAGUCGAUGGGGAGCCUUCACAGCAGCGCCGGCUCCAUAGGGGCCCUGAAGGCUCUGUUCGAGUCAAAGGCUAGCGCACAAGACAAGGUGAGGAGCGGCUUCAGAGCUGCAGACUUCACGUCGCCUUACAAGGCGGCAGACUUCAGGCCAGUGAUGAAUGGGGAGAGCGAGGAGGUGAAGAGGUCUGCAGAGGACCAGACAAAACCUCCAGCUGAUGCGCCGGUAAAGGAAACUGAUGCAAAAGAGGAUCGAGUGACCCGAAAGGUGGUGAAUCAGACCCAGAGAGAGAGGAGAAAAACAAUAGGGGGUAUUGAUUUCGAGGAACUUGCAGCCUCUCAAGCCGAUGAAAAGAGGAGGUCGAUUGCAGACUUCAGAGACAGCUCCUUCGUCCAAACCAAGGAGAAACUGUGUGUCUCGGUCAAAGCUAUGUCUGCCCUCUAUCUGUCAAAGGCCGCACCUCAGGAGCAAACACGCAGUCUUUUGAGAGCGGCACAAGAUCAGUCAUCUGAACCUGAGAAAAGAGUUAAACUAACCAAGUUUCAACCAACUGGUCAAGAGAUGUGCUCUGCCUGUCUGAAGCCAGUUUAUCCAAUGGAAAAAAUAACUGCAGACAAAUACAUUUUUCACAAAAAUUGCUUCUGUUGUAAACACUGCAAGAAAAAACUAAGCAUGCACAAUUAUGCACCUUUACAUGGGGAAUUCUACUGCAUAUUUCACUACCAACAACUGUUCAGAAGAAAAGGGAAUUAUGAUGAGGGCUUUGGACAUGCUCAACACAAGAACCAGUGGCUACUCAGGAAUACUGCUGAUGUGGUGCAUGAUGAAUCUGAAGCAUAAAUAUACAGUGUAAAUCUAAUGGGACGGUGACUGUAAGAACAUGAAAAAUCUUCUUGAAGAUGUGUUUGAGGCACCAUGUGAUGCUACUGCCGUCCAAGUUUUACAGUGUGUUCAUUUAUGUAAUGGUAAUGAUUAACAAUGUGUUGACACAUAACUCACAAUUUAAUUGCAACAAUGGCUUAAUCAUUGUAAGAAACUGUGCAGCGUAAGUAUGACAGGUGCUGACACAUGUAAUUGUCUUCAUUCAUUCCAAUUUGUUAAAUGAAUUGCUUUUUAGUUUGCAUACAUUGUACAUAAUCAUUUUUAAUGGACAUGAAGUAAAAUUGAAAACCAGGUUUUUAAAUUUUAUUCAAGUAUAACAAAGAUGUAAAAUUGAAAAUUAAAUUGAUUUUAACUACACGUACUGUCCCUUGUGCAGGAGGUGUAUUUAUAGUAAUGAUUCAUCCAUCUACUUUUUCCAUAAUCUGGGUUCAGGAGGAUUCACCAUCUCACUUGAGUUUGAUGUUGUGCUGAAGAUUCAGUGUUGCAGGUUUCAACAGCAGUAAACAGAAACUUCCAGCAGCAACGGGGAUGAUGCCAUAUAUCAGCAUAUGGUGUAAUGGUAGACAGUGAGGAUGCACCCGAGCACACAUGGAGUUU